CGAGGCGUGACUAUUACUCAUCUUCUGUAGCUCAUUUCUCAUCCUAAGACCUUAGUUAGAGUGGCAACUCCAUUUUUGGAACCUUGAAUGGACCAAAAUAAUUCAAUCAGCUGCUCUUCAUCACAGAUGCUCUCAGACCCAACAUGCACAGAUCCUUAUUGUUUCUUUUGCACCAUGGAUGAACCAGACCUAUCUCUUAGAAGAGCCAAAAUGGUCCAGUGUUUCAAAGAAAUGACUCUCAGAGAUGACCAAGAACAUGUGUUGGUCUUAAGUAGGCUCUGGAACAUUGCCAUGACUCAACCUGACGAUCCUGAAUUCCCAUCUCUUGGCAUCUUUGAAUGCAUGGGGAAACUUAUAGACAGAGGGAUCAAAGAUAAAGCAUGGCUGCUUAGAGGCCAAAACAUCUAUAUCCCGUACUACGCUGCUCAUAUCAUUGGUUCCUACACCAUGUACAAGGCUGAAUUUGCAGAGAAUGCAGUUAUCUCAGGAGUGGUUUUGCCUUUAAUGGAGCUUCUUAGAGGGAAGAUCACAUGGGUAGAGCAAAGAGUUGCAGUCCGAGCACUAGGUCACUUGGCUAGCCAUGAGAGAACCUUUGAAGUCAUUGCUGAGCGUGAAGAGGAGAUCAUGGAGCUGGCUAUGGACUUAGCUAGCAAUUGCCUUAAAACAAUCUACACAAAGUUUAUUAGGGUAAAAGAUAGCAAGAGAUUGAAGUACCACUGCGACCUGCUCACAAGAGGGCUUGGAGAGAGAGAGAUAGAGAAUACAAGGGCAGAGGAAUGGGCUCGCCAGUUACAGUGCUGGUCUCUGUAUCUCUUAAACUGCUUUGCAUGUAAAGGAAGAUCUCUUAGUCUCGUCUGCAAGAAACACUUCUUGAAGGAUCUGUGUAGCAUGUGGGGUGGCUUAGGGAACCGCACGUCACCUGGUGGGAUUGGACUCAUAAGAAGUUUAUGCAACACUAAGAUUGGAAGAGAAAGCAUAGCAAAUUUGGAACCAGUGAUAUUGAGUCUCUGCACAACCUCAAGUUCUUCUGAUUAUUGGCAGUACAUGGCUAUAGAUUCUCUUCUCUUACUUCUCAAAGACAGACAUACGAGAUAUAGCGUCAUAGACAUAGCAGCUCCGUUUCUGGCCGACUUGGUCGAGCUAAGAAGCUUAAAUGAAAGAACCGAAAUUGGAGAAGCAAUCACACAGACGCUUUUACAAGAUUACAACAAGAUCAAAUAUGGGGGCUUGAGUUUGAAGAGCCAAAGUGCAGAGGAAGCAUUAAGGGAGAUAUGGGAAUUGAAGGUGGAGAGGAGAAAGAGAGAGGAGCUGAUUUCUGAUCAGGAACUGAAAGAGAGGAAAGACUUGGCCCGCAUAUUAAAACAAGAGGGAAACAAGAAGUUCUGGGCUGGGUACUUUGAACAAGCUGUCACCAAGUACACAAAAGCUUUGGAUUUGUGCCCAUUAAAGAUGAGAAAAGAAAGGACAGUUCUUUAUAGUAACAGAGCUCAGUGUCAUUUGUUGCUUAGAAAAUCAGAAGCAGCCAUUAGGGACACCACUAGAGCUUUAAGCCUAUCCAGUUCUGAGAGACCUCACAGAAAGAGCCUGUGGAGAAGAUCACAGGCUUAUGACAUGAAAGGGAUGGCUAAAGAGAGCUUAAUGGACUGUUUAAUGUUCGUCAAUGGCCGCAUUAAAUCUGAACAGACCAAGAAUGUUAAGAUCCCAUACUACGCGGCUCACAUGAUCAACAAGCAAAUGAAUUGCACGUGGAUUUUCGCAGGUGUGAAGUCAAAGAGCAAACUUGAAGAAAAGGCAAAUAAAUCCAAUAGGGAUGAUGCUGGGGAUCAAAGAGGUGUUCUUGGAAUGCGCACUAUUCUAGAGUAAUCGUCCGCUGAAAAGAGAUGGAAGAAGCAAGCCAGAUAGGGAAGAUGUAGGAGGGAACUGCGGUAAUCGCUGCUGAUUGGGUAUGGAGAGAAGGGUUAAAAAGCUGCGACCGUGCAGUCUUAGUCGACUACAGAUUAGCAAGGACGACGAUUUUUUUCUUCUUUUUUUUUUUU